CUACUAAUUAGUUUUGUCAUUUGAUUGAGUAGUACUUUGACUCAGAUUGAAAGAGUUUUAUAAAUACGGGGGAAUAGUCAAGUAAUAAUUAAACGGCAUACGAUCGAAAAACCUGCAAGAUGGGCAAGAAUAUACAGACAUUAUGUUUUAUUAUUUUAGCUGCACUAGCCUGUGAUGUUUCAAGUACAACUAUGGGAGAAGACAACUAUGGUCCGAAAUUUAGCGAUGGACUGCCAGAGUCUGUUGAAAUAAGUGGUCAUCUAGGAAAACACAUCAAACUUCGGUGUAAAAUAGAUUCCAAUCCGGGUUCUUUUAUCAUUUGGUAUAAAGAAGAAGACGAAAUUAAAUCAUCAAAACGGAUCCGCAUCUAUAAGAACUAUUUGUUAAUAAAGAACUUCAGAGCUGAGGAUGCCAAAGAAUAUUUCUGCAAAGGCACAAAUCCUUUUGGUUCCAUUGUCCGAAGAUUUUUUGUUUCUGUGUUAGAAAAUGAACAAGAACAUGACACAAAGGAAGAAUUGGGUUUGAUGAAGAACCAACUAUCAACAUUAACAAGAAAGUUUGAAGCCUUAUCUAAUAAUAAUGUACACAUACAUAUAAACAAAGACGACGAUGAAGACCAGUCAACAACAAUGAAAGGACAACAUAUUUUUCUAAAUUUAAUGUUGAACGAAAAACAUUCACAUCAAGACAAACCUAUUGAUGAAGAGAUCCAUGCGAACUGUGAAAUGGUAACCAACAGCAACUUUGAAGAGUUUGGUCAAAUCAAGGGGAAUGUGUACUUAGUACAAAAGGAGGACAGUCCAGUUCAUGUUGAUGUACAUCUGAGCGGAUUUGAAAUGAGAGAAGGAACGUCACACAAACAUGGCUUUUCCCUUCACGAAUACGGAGACAUGAGUAGAUCGUGUGAUUCUCUUGGUCCAGUUUAUAAUCAAAAGAAACCCAGACACCGAAGCAGCCGAAAUAGCAUAAUGUGUGACGACGAAGGAGAAGUUCACCUGAAGUACAUGGACAAGUCACUGUCUCUCCAUGGAAAGCAUUCUGUGAUAGGACGAAGUUUUGUGGUUAAUGAUGAUUCCGAAGGGAGGAGAAUUGCCUGCUGUGUUAUUGGAAGAGCUGAAAUUCAUGACCACGAUGAAAUAGACAUGGAAAGAAUUCAUUUUAGUGAAGAAUUUUUAGAGCAUCAUGAUAACCCCACGGGGGAACCGAUUCCAUUUAGACCCGACCCCAUGUUUCCAGGCAGAUAUACUACGGACAAACCAAUUCCAUUCAGACCUGACCCAAUUUUUCCAGGCAGGUAUACUACGGAUAGACCAAUUCCAUUCAGGCCUAACCCCAGGUUUCCAGACAUGGAUGCAGCAUUUUUUAUCGACGAAUAAUAACGGAGACACACAAUUUAUGUACAGAAAUCCUAACGUUAUUAAGAUCAACUUUUAUUGAGAGUUGAAAAAUGUGUAAAAUGAUACAAAUAUUAUUAAUAAGGUUGUCAAGCAAACACACGUUAAAAAAUGAUUAACGAUUAUCCUAAUUUCAUAUAAGCGUUUAAAUUGGGUUACCAGAGCAGAAACAACUGGGUUAAUUUCUAUUAAGAAAGAAUAGAAAAACAUGGUUUCGAAAUCAAAGAAUACAGAAUUGAAUACACCCCCUGCCAGACCCUCACAUAUAUAUGUGAAGUUAAUUUUAUUAGCUAGUAAAAUCUUGUCCACAGUAUAAAGAGGACUGGUCAUCGUGAUUAAUUAAUUAACUUUACUGUAAAUACUUUUAAAAAUACUUUAGGUUAAAAAAAUUGUUUUAUGUCCACUUUUUUUUAAAUUGAAAUUCGUUUUACAGAUGAAUGCCAUAAUUAACAAAAUACAGAGUUUUAAACCUAUACAAUUUUAAAUUAGAAAAUGUGUUUUAAUAGAGACAAGAGUGUUUUAUAGAAAAAUAGGUGUAUUGAAGAGUGUGUUUUAUAGUUGUUUAUAUUUGAUUGCAGUUUUGUUUAUAUUGUUUUAAUAAAAAAAAAUAUUAUUAUGAUUA